AUGGACCAAGCAAACCCCCCGCCCAAACAACAACGACGUCCUUCCACCAAACUUCACAAACAUCCUCAUCAACUCUCUUCAAGUUCCUGGUCGCUCAGAAAACAGCCAAGCGUUACUUCGCUUCGAAGACACCCUUCCGCCCCCGUGUAUCCCCGCUCCCACGCUGGUUCUAGCUCUGAACACCUCCGAACCAAAUCCAACGUCUUUGGUUCCUCCUCAUCCUCUCUCGAUCGGAACAGCGCCCGCCAAUCGCCAGCCCUCAACACAGCUAUUACGAGCGAUAUUGGCGCUUCCGCGUCCAACGUUUCUGUUCAACCCCGCCUUCAAUAUAGCCAUCGGCAUUCUUUUACUGAUCGAAGUUCCGAUGAUUUAAUCGGGAGUCCUUUCGACGCGCAGACUAUGCUCAACGCCCUCGAUUCAUCCAAGCCAGGCGACCAGCCUCAGUCUGCAAGCCGUCCCCCUCUCCUACACUCUUACCACACUAGUCCCGAUCCUGGUUCUUUAAAUCCCUCGAUAGGGCAGUCCACGAGCUUCACACCACUCCCGCAAUAUAUGGACCCCUCCUCUACCUCUCCUACUGAGGAUGGCGGAACCAUUUCAUCCUCAAAUCGAUAUUCUGAUGAGAGCGGAGGUGGAAAUGGUGGCGUCGGUAGAAUCGGUUUGAGUAGGCGGAAGACAGGGUUUUCCAAUUUUAUGAAUAGCAUGCUGGGCUCUCCUCGAAACAUCAAAAUCUCGGCACCGGAGAACCCCGUUCACGUCACGCAUGUCGGGUAUGAUAAUGAGACCGGUCAAUUUACGGGCUUGCCGAAGGACUGGCAACGUAUGCUCCAAGAAAGCGGCAUUUCAAGGAAGGAGCAAGAGCAGCAUCCACAAACCAUGGUGGAUAUCAUGAAGUUUUACGAGAAAAACGCUGGUGGUCGGGAUGAAGAUGACGUUUGGCAUAAAUUUGACCAUGCCGUGGCCCACGAACAUAACGAGGUUGGGCCUGGUUCAAAAGGUGCAUCCGGUGCGCUGAGCCCCGGCCCAUAUACACAGCUCCACGCCAUAAACUCUCCGCCAAUCAGCCCCAGAUUCCCACAAAAUCACGAAGGGAGCUUCGAAAAUCCCAGGGCACCACCGCCAAUUCCACGCUCCUCAUCCAGCGCGAACCCUCUACCCCCUAACAAAGCAAACUCUCUGUCUAGUAGAGUACCAAACCGCGCUGCUCCAAAACCUCCAGGCGUUCCAACUAAUAAUUUGAUUCCUGUUCGACCUGCCCCGCCGCCUCCAGUUUCAAAGGAGCCCAGCAGUGGUUCCAAUCGGCCGGCACAAGAGCUGCCUGCACAGUCCUUUGCGGCGCGCCCAACUGCGGAAUCUGGCCAGUUGCCUCUUGAAACGCAGCCUAGUCCAUCUAAUCCGAAUGCCAAUGACGCAAGUUUCGAAGGAAACGCCCUGGCACAAGCAACGGCUCCCACUCAAUAUCAACAGCUCCAGGAGCAAGCCACUACUGCUGCUCAACAUGCCAUAUCCCAUAAACAGCUUGAACGAUCAAGAAGCCAACGCCAACAGCAAGGGCUACAGUCUCAGCCACAACAGCCACGCAUGCACCUACAACAUGUCCCUCCUUCCGUACAACAGCAGCAGCAACAGCAAGAAGCAACCGGGCUAACAGAUUCGGCACCGCCAUGGCCCGAACGCCAGCAAUUCAUCCCACCCACUCCCCACCAGCAGUUCUCGCAAAAAGCACCUGUUAUACAGCAGACACCACACCAACAAGGUCACCUUGGUCCAUCUCCCCGGCCGCGCCAACGACCACGCCAGAGCAAUGGGCUUGACAUCAGGGCCCGGCUAAAUGCAAUUUGCUCGAGCGGCGACCCCACCCGUAAGUAUAGGAAUUUAAAUAAAAUUGGACAGGGUGCAUCCGGCGGCGUGUAUACCGCUUAUGAGAAUGGGACCAACAAAUGUGUCGCGAUCAAACAAAUGAACCUUGAACUCCAGCCCAAGAAAGACCUGAUCAUCAAUGAGAUUCUUGUAAUGAAGGACAGUAAGCACAAAAAUAUCGUGAAUUUCAUGGACAGCUAUCUGCAUGGCGGGGACCUCUGGGUUAUAAUGGAAUAUAUGGAAGGGGGAAGUUUAACAGAUGUUGUUACCUUCAACAUUAUGACAGAAGGCCAAAUUGCGGCAGUGUGUAGAGAGUUAGCCGACUUCGGUUUUUGUGCUCAAAUUAAUGACUCUCAAAAUAAACGCAAUACAAUGGUUGGAACUCCGUAUUGGAUGGCUCCUGAAGUUGUUACGCGCAAAGAAUACGGGCGAAAAGUUGAUAUCUGGAGCUUAGGUAUUAUGGCAAUUGAGAUGAUAGAGGGGGAGCCCCCUUACCUCACUGAAUCACCGCUGCGUGCUCUCUAUCUGAUUGCGACAAAUGGCACCCCAACCAUUAAAGAUGAACAAAAUCUGUCACCUGUUUUCCGAGAAUUUUUGCAUUUUGCCUUGAGGGUUGAUCCAGAGAAAAGGGCCUCUGCCCAUGAUUUACUCAAGCACAAUUUCAUGUCCCUAUGCGAACCUCUUCCGAGUCUUGCGCCUCUUGUUAGAGCAGCCCGGAUAAGCAGGGCUCAAGAGAAGGCCCAGAAAGGAAGUGGCUAGUCUUUCCUUCUCCAUUGUCCAGCCCAAUGCUCAGUCGAAUAACCACGCUCAAAAUCCUCAUAUUUCACUCCUCACGAUGUGAUACCCGUGGAUUUCUUGCCCUACAUUUUAUUAUUUUAUUUUUCAUCUCCAUGACAUUACCUUAUGCCUUGGUAUUUACUUCCCCGGAUCCCAUUUUUGCGGUUUUAGAUGGGCCAGUAGCCGUGUGGUUUUCGCCCGUUCAAUUCUUGCUUCUUAACAUUAUAUGUUAUUUCAUUGCAAGAUUAUCUGCGGCCUACACUAAAUAUAGAGCGCGCUUGAUCUAAAAUUGACCAUACGUCUAUUCGUCUUUCACUUGCAUGUCGCCACCAAACGUGUCCGCUCAAGUAUACACAAUCUGGGCCACAGCCUGAUUUAUUUUUUGACGAUGACUUGCCAUAGUAUGAAUGUUUGUCCCUUAUUUAUAUGUUGAUCCCAUACAAUCCACCUGCUUUUCUGUUUCGGUCUUCAACCCUUUGAUUUCCGCCGUCAAGAUCAUCACGAAACUAGAUCGCUUUUCUUUUCUU